AAAAGUUCCAUUUCAAGACAUUUGAAAAACUUACAAUUGUUGGAAGGGAAGGUCUGCAGAUUUAUUUUGAUACGAUAUUCCCAAAACAAGAGCUCAUCAAAAUCAGAAUGUCUGCAAAACCAGACAGAGUGAAGAAAACAUUUCGUCUCAGUGAUGAUCAGUCUGAUCGUUUGUUCCCAGCUGACAAAUCGGACCCAUCAUCUUCCUCAUUUGAUGUGACGAUGAUGUAUCAGAUGCUGCGGAAUCGCACUCCUAGUCUCCCAUCACCCACUAAUGGAUGGGGAAAGACUCCUGAUGUAAACCAUCUAACCCAGGCCGAUGACGUGGAAAGAAUCCGGAUGUACAGAAACCAAGUCGUCCAUGAAAAUGAUGGAACAAGAAAAUUAGAUAAAAAUGAUCUCGAGAAAAAAGGACGAGAUUUGACUCAGGUAAUACUGAGGUUGAGUAAUGGAGCUCUACAAAAUGAGAUCAUAAAGGUGAUGGAACAUACAAAACAAACUGGGUUUGAGAGACGAGGUGUCCUCCUCUCUUUCCAAUUAAUGCAGACCCAGACCUUCUCUCACUACCGCCAGCAGAUCUUGCGUCAGAUCUAUGUGGUAUUUUUUUGUCUCAAUGUCCUAGGAAAUCCGUAUGGCUUCAUCAAAGACAUCACAGAGAGACUUGGGGAACUUUUCUAUGAGCCUCUGCUAGAGAAAUAA